GGACGAAGGGAAGACGGACUGCCGCCCGGCCCUCCUACUAUUCCUAUCCUCGGCAACUUGCACAUCUUCCCCACUCAGAGCCCUUACUUGCAAUUCACAGCAUGGGCUCGGAAGUACGGCGGUAUCAUAUCCCUCAAAAUUGGAUCCGAGACCAUCAUUUUACUCUCUGACCCUCGUAUCGCUAGGGAGCUCAUUGACCAGAAAAGUGUCAACACCUCUGAUCGCCCUCCUAGUCACUUUGUAGAUCUGAUCACCCAUGGCAAAAAUAUGGGUUUGGCGAGAUACUCACAAUUUUGGCGGCGUUGUCGGCGUCUUGCGCAGACUAUGUUUACGAAGGAGGCAUGUGUGACAUAUCUGCCUAUUCAACAAGCCGAGGCCACACAAUUGAUGUACGACCUUUUGAACGAACCAGAGGAAUUUGUGGGCCACUUCAGGCGGUAUUCCAGUUCCGUCUUAACGUCAAUUUUGGCAGGAAUGCGAUCACCACAUUAUACAAGCCCGUCUGUCGUCGACUUCUUUGACGUCGAGGAGAAAUGGAUAUCGCUCCUCGAACCCGGCUCACACACCCCUGUCGAUCUUCUUCCGAUAUUCAAGCUGGUUCCUGAAAGAUGGGCAGACUGGAAGCGCAUAUGUCGCGAAGUUCGAUCGUUACAAGUGAGAGUCUACGAUAGAAUUACCGCAGUGUGCGAGCGUCGAGUCUCUCAAGGUCUGCGAAUCGGCUGUGCUCUUGAGAGCGUACUCGACAAACAAGAUCAAGUCGACGAAUAUAGAGGAUUUAUGAGGUUUGGUGGCUUGAUGGAGGGUGGAGCAGAUACUACCUCGCUGUUCUUGCGCAGCUUUGUCUUGAUGCUUGUCGCCUUCCCAGAAGUGCAGAGGAAAGCACGGGAAGAAAUUGACGUUGUUAUUGGUUCCUACCGGGUUCCAUCUCCGGAGGACUACGAUAAUCUUCCCUAUGUCCGGGCUGUUGUCAAGGAGGUAUUGCGAUUUCGACCCAUUGCCCCUGUUGGUGUGCCACAUUAUACAUCUGGCGACGAAACUGUGGGCGGUUUCCUAAUCCCUAAAGGAUGCACAAUAUUCAUCAAUCAAUGGGCAAUGUUCCAUGAUCCGGAUGCAUAUGACAAUCCCGAUGAGUUCAUACCGGAACGAUUUUUGGCAUCUGAGUUCGGCACAAAAUCUGGCGCAGACAACGGCGGCCGUCGACAUGACCUCCAUUUUGGCGGGGGAAGGCGUAUAUGCGUAGGUAUGAACUUGGCAAACAACUCAUUGAUGCUCAACGCCAUGAAUCUACUCUGGGGUUUCGAAUUCGAGGAAGCCGUCGAUCCCAUUACCAAAAGGCCUAUCCCAGUCGACGUCAACAAUUACUCUAAGGGCAUUUCCACUGCUCCCAAUCCCUUCAAAUGUAGCAUCCGCGCACGGAGCGAAGCACACGCAACCAGUAUUCGACGCGAAUUUCUUGCUGUCCAGCCUAUAUUUGAGCGCUUUGAAAAGGAG